ACCACAACAGGCAGAGACAGAGACACAGAGCCCUGUCUCCUCCGCGCUCACGCCAGUCCUGUCCCCUGCUCUCUGACUGUCUUCACCGUGUCCUUCUAGUGCGUCACUGCCGCGGACAUGCUUCCGUUCCUGGGACUACUGUCAGCUCUGCUCGCGGGUGUUUUCUCGGUUUACUUUUUACAAAAGUUCUGCUUCCCCUACUUUUGGAGAGACCUUACAUUUCUCCUGAAGGCGAUAAAGUACGGCGCGAGGCUGGAGCUGCUCAAACACUCCUCCACCAUGCCCACGGUGAUGGGGAGAUUCGUGCAACAGGCGCAGCGUAUCCCCAACAAGCCGUUCGUCAUCUGCGAGGGAAGAGCGCUCACCUACCGCGAGGUGGACGAGCGCAGUAACCGGCUGGCACACGUUCUCCUCGGGCGAAGCUCUCUGGAAAAGGGGGACUGUGUCGCUUUGCUCAUGAGCAACGAGCCCGACUUUGUGUGCGUGUGGUUCGCCCUGGUCAAGAUAGGCUGCUCGGUGGCUUUCCUUAACACCAACAUCAGGUCCAAAUCCCUGCUGCACUGCAUUCACUGCUGCGGAGCCAAAGCUCUCAUCGUGGGUUCAGAUUUGGUGGAAUGCCUCGAUGGAAUCUUCAGCAACCUUCAAGAGCAGAACAUCCAGGUGUGGACAGUGACGGACCACAGUGAGAAUACUCUGGUUCACACUCUGUUGGAUAAGAUUGAUGUAGUGUCCCACCACCAUGUUCCAGCCAAGCUGCGUGCUGCCAAGUCCCUGAAAUCUCCCAUCCUGUACAUCUUCACCUCUGGAACCACCGGGUUUCCAAAAGCAGCAGUGAUCACACACCUCCAAUGUUUAAAGGCAGCAGGAGGCUUUUGGUUAUUUGGUGCAACCAAAGAUGAUGUCAUUUACAUUCCUCUCCCACUCUACCACAGUGCUGCUUCACUGAUCGGCAUUGGAGGAACCAUUGAAUUAGGUGCAACUUGUGUCCUGAAGAAAAAGUUUUCGUCUUCUCAGUUCUGGAACGACUGUCGAAAAUACAACGUGACUGUUUUCCAGUACAUUGGUGAACUGUGCAGAUACCUCUGCAACCAGCCCAAGACAGAGGCAGAUAAAGUCCACAAGGUGCGGAUGGCUGUUGGGAAUGGUUUGCAGCAGGACGUCUGGCGGGAAUUUCAGAGACGCUUUGGAAACAUCCGAAUAUACGAGUUUUACGGCUCCACUGAGGGAAAUCUGUGCCUAAUGAAUCAUAUUGGCAAAAUUGGAACCGUGGGUCGAUCCAACUUUAUCUACAAGUUCCUGUUCAAGUAUGACCUGGUGAAGUACGACAUGGAGAAAGAGGAACCAGUGAAGGAUCAGCGAGGAUUCUGUCAGCGAGCAGGAACAGGUGAGACAGGGCUUUUACUGUCCAAAGUGAGCUCUCUCACUCCCUUCUUUGGCUACAAGGGCAGCAAACAGCAGACUGAGAAAAAGCUGAUGAAGAGUGUGUUUGUGAAGGGCGACACCUACGUAAACACGGGCGACCUGAUGGCCGAAGACAGGGAGGGCUUCAUCUGUUUCAGAGACAGAUUGGGGGACACCUUCAGGUGGAAGGGUGAAAACGUAGCGACCAUGGAGGUGGCAGAAAUUUUAGGGCAGGUAGAUUUCAUACAAGAUGUCAAUGUUUACGGUGUUAAAAUACCAGGACAUGAGGGCCGGGGAGGAAUGGCCGCCAUGACUGUACGACCGGGUCACAGAUUUGAUGGGAAGAAGCUGUUUGAGCAUGUGAUGAGUGAACUACCACCAUAUGGACGCCCAAUCUUCAUUAGGCUUCAGGAAAUGAUUGAACUGACCAGUACCUUCAAGCAGCAGAAGAUUCAGCUGGUGCAGAGCGGCUUCAACCUGUCCACUAUCUCAGAACCACUUUAUCUGUUGGACUUGGAGCAAAAGAACUACAUUCCCCUGACAGAUGCCUUUUACCAGAGCAUCAUCACAGGACGGCGCAAGCUGUAGGACCGUGACAACAGCUCAAAGAUGAUGAACAUCACUGGCUGCACACACUCGCACGGUGCAAAUACUACAGAUUAUUUAACGAGUGUUGGGAUUUAGAUAGAAAACACGUUGAGAAAUAUCAGGAAAAAUUUGAUCAGAGGCAGAAUUAUAGAAAGAUUAUAAUUCAGUUACAGUAGCAGAGGGCUGCACUGCAAGAACAGCCCUAGCAGAUAAGAACAAAACAUUUGAAAAUGAUCACUUCAUCUUGUGUCAAAUACAUUAAUCUGCCAAUAAGGAGCAGACUUUUAUACUUGACAAGAUUUCUUUAAAAAACAAUGAAGUUCUUUCCUGUGACAGACCGAAGUGCCACAAAAACGCAGAUAAAGUCUUAAUCGAACAUGAAUUAAUGACGUUGAUGCUUUGAGUUUUGUAGAGAAACAUGAUGUUGAACAUUUCUGCAAGCUUUUAGUGCUUUCUUAUGAAGAAAAAUGGGUUUUCCCCUGAAAGAAGAA